AUGUCGGUGGUGCCAUUGAUAUUCCGUGACUGGUGGGACGAUUUAGAUCGACCCAUGUCCAGAUUGAUGGACCAACACUUUGGCAGAGGAUUAAAUCGAGACGAACUCCUAUCACGGUUCUCCGAUCUCAGCCUCGACAGACCUGUACGUUCGAUCUUUCGCGAUAGGUACUAUCGUCCCUGGAGGAAUGUGACGUGUCAACCCUCGAGUGGAUCGAGCACGAUCCAAAUUGACGGCAAGGAUAACUUCCAGGUAAUAUUGGACGUUCAACAAUUCUCACCGGAGGAGAUCACGGUGAAGACGGUCGGUAACAACGUUAUUGUUGAAGCCAAACACGAGGAGAGACAAGACGAGCACGGAUUUAUCAGCAGACACUUCGUACGGAGAUACGUCUUGCCUCCAUCUCACGAUGUGAUCAAUAUUACCUCAAGCCUUUCUUCGGAUGGUGUUUUAACUAUCACGGCACCCAAAAAGGGAGAGACACCUAGCGGAACUGAACGAUUCAUUGAAAUCACGAAAACAGGAGAACCGGCGAGUAAACCGGUCAAAAUAGAAACGACUACGGAAGAAAAACAAUAAUCACGACCGAAGUAUUUUGACAUAAUCUUUUUUUUUACAUUUACGCAUUAUAUAGAGUUCUUAUAAAAUAAUUCGAUAGAAUUUGAUAUAAUAUUAUAAAUCGGAAAAAAUUGUAUAAAAACACAUAUAUAUAUAUAUAUACAUAAACUGUUAAAACCCUUGGGUUAAAUUUGCUAUAAAAUGACAUAGAAAAUUUUCAUCAAGAAUAAUUCAUCAAAGUGUACCAUAUAUUUCUUAAAUAAUUGCUAAUAUCAAAGUAGCUUCAACGUUAUUGCUUUUGCUGUAUCUUCUACAUAUCUAAUAAAUUCAAUACUCAAUAAUUCAUUUAAAGUCAAAGAAUAAACUGUCAUAGCAAUAUAUUUCAAUGUAUCUACUGUGAAACAAAAGUAAUAUCGCAGAAGCGGAAGCUUUGAAUAAACCCAAACCACAAAACUACAA